CAUUCUUUUAAAAAAAUAUUAAUUCAUUUAAAAAACGAUUAUUGUAAUAAUUUCUCUCUCGUUGCAAUUCAACAUUUAAUGCGAACUAAUUGGAUCAAAGUGUGCUACAAUGAUAGAUGUCUGUACUAUGUAUAACGCGGAAAGUAGAAAAAAUAGAAUGCCCACGCGAGUGAUGUACAGUCGGGAAGCGGAUGCUGGGAGCAGCCGGAGAACGCCAGUAAAUAAUGCCAUGGCACUGAGCUUCAUUACUCUGCUCAGUCAUCUAAGUACGCGAUAAACUGCCGCAGCCUUAUUGUGUGCAAAGUCUACGCUGCAAUAUAUGCCAAGGGGAUAUCAUCAAUUCAAUAGCCCCGGAAAUGAGAAAAUGCGACGGAUCCAACUACCAGCUGCAGUUGACCGAAUGCCCCACCAAUGCCAAAUAUCUGUGCCAUCAAUAUGUGUUCCCCGACACACAAAGCGGUCCGCACAGCCCGUACUACCACUUCAAAGGGUGUCGCGAGGCCACCGGCCGGGUGGCGGUGACCAUCUCCCCGCCGAAAUUACCGGUGGUGGGUCAGCAGUGCCACUGGGACGGGACGCAUUCCUGCUGGUGUGACACGGACGGAUGUAAUAGUCACACGCCGGAGCAGAUCAACCGGCUGCCCAUGCAGUACAUGCUGGGCCGCGUCAACGGGCCGGAAGUGCUGCAGCUGGAGAUGCAGGAUGCCGCGGAUUACCUGCCCUUCCGUUCUCUGGCCAUGCCCGCCAUGGACAUGUCCCGUAUAGGAAACUUCACCGUAUCGUCUGCCUCCAUGGAUUCGGCACUGGCGACCGGAAGUUACAUUUUCUCCUUUGCUUUUCUGCUAAUCAUGUGACUGAUGUGAGACCGGAUUUUGUCAUAACAGACCUUUAACAGUCUUCCACAGAUUUUGUAUUAAUUUACCGAAUAAAAAUCUUCCUGAAAGUCGG